GUAUGCGAAUGACACAUUUAUAACGGAACGGUCUGCUAAAUGAUUUUCGGGAUAUACGAUUAUUUUCAAGAUUAUAGUUUAACAUAUCCGCGAUUCUUAUGAUAAUCUUAUUAGUGAAAGACAUGGAUGUGUCUAGUUGAAAAGUGAUUUUCCGUCCUUCAUGGAGACGCCAUCUUUAGCAUUAGUGUUUAAGUCGUUCGUCUAAAAGCUGGAUAGCUGGAUUAAUUACCAAUGUAAAUUGAAAAGAAAAGAUUAUUUAUCAUUUUAAGUCGUGAUUAUUUUGUCGAAAAAUGUAUUUAAUAGAAAUAAGAAGAGAAACGAUCGGAUCGUGCAGUUGACUUCCGUAGUACCGUGUCAUGCGUCCACGAUAUCUGAUCGACGUGUAGCGAAUACGUAGUAGAUUUCGGUGCGUGUCGUCACGCUGGUGAUGUUAAUAUCGUUUUCGAGUACGAAUUUUUCUGAAAACGAUAACAUCGAUAAACAGUUUUGCGUUUCGUGUGACAGGGUGAUCGAGGAAGCAAAGGUCGAUCCAUCGUUAAUUAGUACAGCCGCCAUCUUGAUAUAUAGUUUCUAGAUCCGAGAUCGUAAUGGGCACGGAAAGGCUUCCGGCGGUGCAAGUUUUUAGGAAAAUGUCGACGGAGCUCCACACGACCCAUUAAUACGAUAUUGGCGCGAGAGACGAUCGUCCUUAUUAGCUUGUGAGUCUUGGGACUGUAGUAUACCGUAAACGCAUCGCGGUCGUCGUAGGAAGCAGUAUCAGCAACGACGACAACGACGACGACGACGAAGACGACGAAGACGACGACGACGGCGGCGGUGGCGGUGGUGGCGGUGGUGGCGGCGGUGGUGGCAGCAGCGACAGCAACGGCGAUAGCGGCGGUGCCAGAAGUAACGAGAGUGGCAGUUAAUAGAGUAAAAGAGAGAACUGCAAGGAGCAGUAAGAGCGUACGCCGCGUUGUUGUAGGCGCGCAUACGAGAUCGUGUCGUGGAUUCGUUGGGUUUACACCAGUGAGAGUGAGUGAGUGACACGACGGUGGGGUAUACUCGCCGUAUCGGCCGCGACGAAGGUAGUAGUGGCGGUGGCAGUCGCGACGAUAACGAGGAUUACUACGACAAGAACGGUGGCGGUGGCAGUGGAGGAGGUGGUGGUGGUGGUGGUGGCGGCGGCGGUGGCGGCGGCGGUGGCGGCGGUGGUGGCAGCCAUAACAGCGAGGCAACUAAACUAGUGAGCAGGGAGAAAGCGUAGUGCCAGUGUCCGAGCCGUAGUGGUAGUGUUUUUUCGCGAUUGAAUACCCGAAGGAAAAGUGGACUCGGAACGAUCAGAUGUUGCUAGUAUCGCGAGUAUUGGCUGGAGGUACGGAGACUCACAGCAGUGUACAGGGCUGACAUUCAAAGUACUACCAUUUGGUAGGCUUGAGUAGUGUUAUGCCUCCUCGGCAUCAAUCUCCCUGGUUGCAGUGCAAUUGUCUCGGCAAGCGAUUAGUGAGCUACCAUGCUCAAUUCAGAAUAUUUACUUGCCAUCUCAAUUGUUGAUGAAGCCUCAUAGCGUCGAGCAUCAGCGUAAGGCAGUUACCUGCUGCAUAGCAUUUAUGUACCAUAUAUGUCUGAAAGAAUCAACGGGGUCAAGAUGCAGCAGGUGGACACUAUUUCACAAAAUAAUUCGUUAGAUGUGGAGGAGCGAGAAAGGCUGUGUAAUAUACCGAAGACAAGUGCACCUGGUAAAGCAUCAGCUACACCAGCUACACCAGGGAAAGAACCACCUCCUCGUGAAGAGCCAACAGUGGAACCCGUAAAUGGUGUAGUGCAGCCACCAGUUGUUCCACCACCUAAUCGACCUGGACGAGUUACAAAUCAAUUACAAUUUUUACAAAAAGGAGUAUUGAAACCAGUAUGGAAACAUCAAUUUGCCUGGCCUUUUCAGCAACCGGUAGACGCGAAAAAGCUGAAUUUACCGGACUAUCACAAAAUUAUCAAACAACCGAUGGAUCUGGGUACAAUAAAAAAGCGAUUGGAAAAUACGUAUUACUGGAGCGGCAAAGAAUGUAUCCAGGAUUUCAAUACGAUGUUCACCAAUUGUUACGUUUACAACAAGCCAGGAGAAGAUGUUGUUGUUAUGGCACAAGCACUCGAAAAAUUGUUUCUUACAAAGGUUGCACAAAUGCCAAAAGAAGAAGUGGAACUCGAUCCUCCAGUUCCAAAAGGUCCAAAAGGGAAAAAAGCUGGCAGAGUAGGAGGACCAGUUGGCGGAAUGGCAGGAACAACUGGAAGUACAGGAAGAGGUCGUCCUUCCUCGGUAGCAGCGGCUGUUACAUCCAGUGUACCAAAUAGUUUGGCACCUUCAGCUACAUCGGCGGGUACAACAGGUGUCAUACCUAUGCCUCCUCUUGGUACACAAGCACCUGCUUCUGUACCAGGCAGUACGAACACGACCACCAUUGCUCCGCCAUCGAGCAUGGGUGUUACUCCAAUGGCCACUCACAAUUCUCUGCCUCAACAAGUCGUCCCUCCAACGGGCGGUUACCAUGCGCAGCCAGCUAUGGAUCCACAGACGGCUUCUGCUGUACCACCUCCACCUCAGGUUCCCACUGCUCCAACUGUAAUGCCUCCAUCUCAACCAGCCAAAUUGAAAAAGGGAGUGAAGAGAAAGGCUGAUACUACAACCCCUACGGCUAAUUCGUUUGAACCAUUAUAUGCCCCAUUGGAUUCAAAGAAUGCUAAAAUUCCUGCAAGACGAGAAUCUGGUAGACAGAUUAAAAAGCCAACGAGGCAAGGGGAAGACGGCUUAGUGCCAUUCCACCAGGCCAACAUGCCCCUGAUUGGGGCAAUGGCCCAACAGCCUCAACACACAGGUGGCAAAUCCAAGGAAAAGCUUUCAGAAGCACUCAAGUCUUGUAAUGAGAUCUUAAAAGAAUUGUUUUCUAAAAAGCAUUCGGGUUACGCAUGGCCUUUCUAUAAGCCAGUUGACGCAGAACUAUUAGGUCUGCAUGACUAUCAUGACAUUAUUAAGAAACCAAUGGAUCUUGGUACCGUAAAGACUAAAAUGGACAGUCGCGAAUAUAAAACAGCCCAGGAAUUUGCAAGCGAUGUGAGGCUUAUAUUUACCAAUUGUUACAAAUAUAAUCCUCCUGAUCAUGAUGUCGUUGCAAUGGCUAGAAAACUUCAAGAUGUAUUUGAAAUGAGGUAUGCGAAAAUACCUGAUGAACCUAUGGGAGGUAUGUCAGGAAUGAAGGGUAGCAGUAGUAGUGCAAGCAGUUCCGGUUCCGAAAGUUCUUCCGACAGCGACGAUUCUGAAGAAGAACGUACACAAAAAUUAGUUGCUCUUCAACAAGAGCUUAAAGCAAUGCAAGAACAAAUGAGAAAAUUAGUAGAAGAAAGUGGUAAAAAGAAGAGCAAGAAGAAGAAGCCGGACAAACCAAAAUCAAAGCCAAUGAGCAAUAAAAGUAGUAGUCUCGUUGGUAGUCAUACUGGUGCCAUGAAAGAACUUAUGAAACCAAGUGGUGGAAUUCCCAGUGUGUCUGAUAGUGUUGGUACUAGUAUAGCUAGUGUUGCAAUGGGCGCAAGUGAUCUAAAAAUACCUGGUGGUAUGGGUGGUGAUCUUCAUCAUCCAGCAAUAGCAGUAGGACCAAAUAAAACACAUACAACAGGAAGUUUAGGUCAUCAUUUGCCAACAGCGACGAAUGCUAAAUCAAAAGGUAAAGGAAGAGGUCCUGGAAAAGCUACUGCAGCAAAUACUGCGAACAAAAGGCCGAAAGCAAAUAGUAGAUCAAGUGGGAAUAAAAAGAAAUCAAUCAAUCAACCACCUCCCAUAACAUUUGAUUCUGAGGACGAAGAUAAUGCAAAACCAAUGUCUUAUGACGAAAAGAGACAACUUAGCUUGGAUAUUAACAAACUGCCUGGAGAUAAACUAGGUAGAGUUGUACACAUAAUACAAUCUCGGGAACCUUCGUUGAGGGAUUCGAAUCCAGACGAGAUUGAAAUUGAUUUUGAAACUCUAAAGCCUUCCACAUUAAGAGAGUUGGAAAGCUACGUUGCAUCAUGCCUCAGGAAAAAACCACAUAAAAAAGUUAGUGGAAAAUCUAAAGAUGAGCAAAUAGCAGAGAAAAAACAAGAAUUAGAAAAGAGGUUGCAGGAUGUAACAGGUCAAUUGGGGAAUGUGAAGAAAACUGCUAAGAAAGAAGACAGUAGUAAAUCAGUCGACGUAGUUGGUACUGGAGGAGCCAGUGGGCCUUCACGAUUAUCCGCUUCAAGUAGUAGUAGCAGUGACAGUGAUUCGAGCAGUAGUUCACUUUCGUCGAGCACCAGUGAUUCGAGCGACAGUGAAGCAGGAAACUCCUCCAGUCGUCCACCUAGAAAGAAGACGAAGAAGAAUGCUCAAAGUGCACCACCUCCGACAACAUCAACAACUGUUGCUCCGGCACUCAAUCAUACUGGAGGUCUAUUAAUGAAUAGUCAGCCAACAGCAAAUUCUACGGGACCAAUAGCAAAGGCAGCAUCGGUAACUCAAUCUAGCAAUAUUCCUGCCGAUCAAGGUGGCAACAGUCAGCAACCUGUAGCUGUAGCUGCUGUUACAGCAAGUCAAGGGAUGCCUGUGGCAAGUCAUGCAUCUAUGCCCGCACAACCUCCACGACCAACAGCAAUGGCUACUGCUGCUCCUGUUAAAAAGCCAACGCCACCUCCUCCGACUACUUCUAAUCCUCCGACUCCGUCAGUAUCCGUACCAACACCACCACCCAGUGUUACUCCAACAAAUACAAACUCUGUGGUGGCAUCACCGGUUGUGCCUCAGGCGCCACAGCCUCCAACGUCUGUUAACUCUUAUCCAAAUGCGAACACACCUGUUCCAACGGAUGGAACAACAUUAAAUCAACAGGCGGACCUUUUGCAGCCAUAUAGUACUCUAGCUUCUGUACCCACGACACAAACAUCAUUGGAACAAAGUCUUUCUAUAAAGAAAGAGUCACAUAUAUCAAUGAUUCCAACUCUUCAUACAAGUAACAAUACCAAUUUAAAUUUACUGCCAGAUGUUAAAAAUCCAGUUAAUAUGAUGCCUACGAGUAUGGCGUCGAAUCUAAAUCUGGGAAAUAUAAAUAUGGCUAAUUUAAAUAUGAAUUUACAACAAGGAUUGGCGACACACAUGUCAAUGCACAAUCAAUUGGAGAAUAUGAUAAAUACAACAUCACCUUUAACCAACAUACAAAAUUCGCAUAAUGUUACGAUGUCGCAACAUUCUAACGGCUUUCCAAGUAUAAAGCGUGAAACUUCCUCGCCGAAUAUGUUGAAUAACAAUGGCAUUCCAGGAGUUAAUGUAGGAAUGAAUAUGGGAGGAAUGGGAUCGAUUUUUGAUCCUGUUCCUAUAGUUUCCAUGCCAAUGCAAAUUUCACAAAUACCCAUAAAGAAAGAAGAAAAACAGCCUCUUCCUAUUUCGCAGCCACAAAUUGCACAAAAGGCAAUGGAUGCAGGAGCUAUUUUUGCAGAAAUGAAUGCGUUAGGUUUACCACCAAUGGGCAAUCACUCGAGUUCUCAGCUCAUGCCUGAAAAGAAGAUGACGCCACCCGAUUCAAAAAAUCCUGCUUCAAACUUUGCGUCAGCUUUUAAGAACAAGACCGUUGAACAAAAUGUAAAGAACGCAUCUUCGUGGUCGUCGUUGGCUCAAGCAUCGAGUCCUCAAUCUACUGCAGGAAGUAGCAUGAAGAGCGCUGCCAGAGAUUCUUUCCAAGCGUUCAAAAAACAAGCCAAAGAAAAACAAGAUAGGCAAAGAGCACUAUUGGAACAACAAGAAAUGCGCAGACAGCAAAAGGAACAGGCUGAACGAGAACGAUUGCGACAAGAAAACGAAAAGAGAAGAGAACGAGAGGAGGAGGAUGCUUUGGAGAAAGUAAGAAAAACUGUUGGGGAUCAACAAGGUAACGCGAUGACCGCCACGACGAGAGCGGAAGAAGUGAAAGCCAUUGUUGACACGGAUAGCAGUAGUCCAAGUCAUUCGUCUAAUCAGGACAAAGCUGCUGCCGAAAGAGAACGACAAAGGCUACGGGAACAAGAACGGAGACGGCGCGAAGCGAUGGCUGGCGCGAUUGACAUGAACAUGCAAAGCGAUUUGAUGGCUGCGUUUGAGGAAUCAUUAUAAUGUUACUAUUCGCUCCUCAUAAUAAAUCCAUUGAAACCGGGCAGGACUUGGAUGAAUAUUUGCCGCUGGACGAUAUCUACAGAGACAUUUUGAUAAUAUACGGUAUCUCUUGAUCUAUACGGAACUAAAUCUAAAAAGAGAAAAAUAGAAAGAAAGAAAAAAAAUACAAGAAAGAGAACCGUCAUAUAAUUGUAAUGCUGAUUAAAAAAAAGAAAAAGAAAGGAGGAGGGUGGGUUAAAUGGAGGAGGUGAAAGGGGAUGGGGCAGAACGGAUAAUUCUAGCAAGUUAUCAUCUAAUGUAUGUAACAACAAGGCAGUGUACUUGUUUGUAAAAUGAUAGUGUGGUUGGGACAUUCCAACGGGGGAAAUUUAAGGAGAAGUAAUAUCAAGUUUUAACGAUCGCCCGUCUUCGAUCGUUCAAUCGGAUUUCUACAGAAAUACGAUUGAUAUAUAUAAAAAUAAUAUUUGCAAAAGCAAAAUUGUGGUUUAAACGACGGACACCCAAGUGUGACCAUGUAAUUAGAAAAGAUAGUUACAGAGAAUACGUCGAAGAAUAUUACAUACUAAACUCUAUUGUGUUACAUUUUUCCGGUUUUCAUAAGUUUGUACUUUAUGUAAAUUUGGAAACAUAACUAAAAAUAUUAUUCAGAGAUAAGUGAGAGAGAGAGAGAGAGAGAGAGAGAGAGAGAGAGAGAGAGAGAGAGAGAGAGAGAGAGAGAGAGAGAGAGAGAGAGCGAGAGAGAGCGCGAGAGAGAGAGAGAGAGAGAUUUGCGUGCAAACAUAUAUUAAACGAAUGUGUGAUCAUAAGAAUGAAAGAGAGUGUGCAGGAAAGAAGAAAAAGAAGAUGAAGGUGAAGAUGAAGAUAAAGAUGAAGAUGAAGAUGAUAAUGAUAAUAAUGAUGAUGAUUAUGAUAAUGAUGAAGAUGAUGAUGAUGAAGAUAAUGAUGAUGAAGAUGAUUAUGAUGAAGAUGAUUAUGAAGAUGAAGAUGAAGAUGAAGAUGAAGAAGAAGAAGAAGAAGAUGAUGACGAUGUUAUGACGAUAAUGAUAUGAUGAUGAUGAUAUGAUGAUGAUGAUGAUGAUGAUGAUGAUGAUGAUGAUGAUGAUGAUGAUGAUGAUGAUAUGAUAAUGAUGAUGAUAAUAAUGAUGAUGAUGAUAAUGAUGACGAAGAAAAAACAAAAACAGAAGUGUGUAUUUAAUUAAGUUUUAUAUUUUUCCACUUUCAGUCUUAAUCGUUGGUAGGAUUUACAUAGACGGUGUUUCUGCCAAUAGUAAAUAGAAUUAUUAGCUAUUACUAAUAAUUUCAUGCAGAUUUUUUUUCACAAUUAUGAAUAUAUACUAUUUGUAAUCACAAAAGUAUAUAGGUAGGUUUGUUAAGUGAAACAACGUAACAAACAAACAACAAAUAAACAAACAAAUAAACAAAAAAUAUAUAUAUAUACAUAUAUAUAUAUAUGUAUGUUUAUGUACACGAACGAGAACACAGACACGAUACUUAUGUCUCUUUGGCGAAUUUGAUCGUAUAUAAUCUUCACAAUGUCCACUCGUGAGAGAGAGAGAGAGAGAGUGUGUGUGUGUGUGUGUGAGAGAGAGAGAGAGAGAGAGAGAGAGAGAGAGAAAGAAACAGACAGACAGACAAACAGACAGAUAGAUAGAGACAAAUGUUCGCAUUUCAAAUUCAUCCGCGAGCGAGCGAUUCACACACGGACGUCACUGCGAUCGAUUUUCAAAUUAUUCACGAAAACUCAUCAUAGAGAGAAAAAUCGUCAAUUAUUACGAGUUAUUGAAGAAUAAAAAAAGGAAAGAAAUAAUAAAAUAAAAUAAAAAUAAAAAUAAAAUAAAAUAAAAUAAAAAAUGUGAGAGAAAAAACUUACUAAGACGGUAAGAGAAGAUGAUUGUAAUUGCGAAUGUAGUUGUUGUUUAACGCGAUCCUACACCAACCAUUAGAACGGGCGAUGCGUACACCCAAAAUUUCGGAUAACGUGCUUCUAAUUAACUCACCGAAGUAUGUCACCCGAUGGUAUAUCUAGGCCUGUAAUUAAUAGGAUAUUGAUAAAAAAGAUAUAACGCGAAACGAAAAAUAAUAACAAAAACAAAAAAAAAAGAAAGAAAGAAAAGAGGAAUUUAUAUUUAUUCGAUCACUCGCACUUGUACGAGUUACCGGUAUCGUCGUCGAGAGAAUGGAGGGUUGGGGUUCGGAAUGGGGGUGAAAGUUAGGGUGGUGAGCAAUCAUCUUUAGAGAAAACAUUAUCACGAUUUUCGAUCGAAAAUUUUAUGUACAAUCUAAUUAUGUAGUUUCGAGUUAUCGUCUAACUACUACUUUCAAUGUAUGUGUGAUGAAAGGAAUAAUAGAUGACAAGAAUUUUUUUAACAGAAUUAAAAAGAGUCGAGAGUACGUCGAUGAGAGGAAAAAAAAAGAGAGAGAGAGAAAAGAUAGUAUUCGCGAGUUUAUUCAGUGAGGAAACAUUAUGACAAACGCAAGUCUGACGGGUCUCGAUCGGUAAAAAGUACAAAAAAUAAACAAAAAAAAAAAAGAUAAAAGAAAAUGAAGAAAAAAAAGGAAGGAAAAUUAAUUACCUAAAGAUAUAUGAAUCAAAGAAAAUACACACGGAGAAGACGAAGAAAAGGAAUUCUAUUGAUUUUAACACUAUUAAUGAAUGGUAAAAAGGAAACUUUUUCAAAAAUUUCAUAUUGUACGUUAUAAUUAUUAAUUAUAAAAGUAAUCUAGUGAGUUUAAUUUUUAAUAAAAAUACAAAAUGUAUAUAUAUGUAUACGUCUAUAUAUAUAUAUAUAUGUAUGUGUAUAUAUAUAUAUGUAUAUGUAUAAAUCACAAAUAUCUUACUUUUUCUUAAAGAAUUUUCGAAUGAAUUAUUGAUUAAUUGAUUGAUUGAUUGCUUGAUUGUAGUAACGAUAUUAUUUCAAGUCAUUAUUUAAUCUAAUAUCGAGAAGUCAUUUUUUUUUUUUAUUCGACCGGGAGAUAUGUCUAUAGUAAUAUUAUAUUAUAUAUAAUUAAGUUAUUAAUUCGAUUAUAUUAAAUAGAAUUUUAUUUUUAUAAGAGACAUAUAUGCGUUGGGAUAGAUAAAAAACAAGAAGGAAAGAAAUUUACGUACAGAAGAUCUGUUGUUCGUAAAUGUGAUUUCGUUUGAGCAAUAUGUAUUUUGUAAUUAAGAGAAUGAGAGAGCGAGAGCGAGAGAGAGAGAGAGAGAGAGAGAGAGAGAGAGAGAGAGAGAGAGAGAGAGAGCGAGCGAAGAAGAUACAAUACGAUAGACAUGACAGUCUAAUAAUUGGUCGAGAAGUCAUUUUAUUUAAAUUCUCGUCUAAGCUCCGACAUAUUUAGACUUUUGUAUAUAUAUAUUUUUUUUCUCAAGUAAGAGUAGACGAGUUGAAUAUGCAAAAAGAGUAUAUAUAUAUAAACACAUGCAUAUAUAUAUAUUAAUAUAUAUAUAUUAUAUAUAUAUAUAAUAUUUUGAGAUUUCAUCGGAGCACAUAGACGUUUAAUUAUUAUUUACAUGGUUAUAUGCGUAUUUUGAAAUUAUUGGGUGAAAAAGGUUAAGAUAAAAAUAAUUAUCAGAUUUUUCACCAUUACUCGAUCUCUUUUUGACAUAACAUUAUUAAUGACUUAUAUCGAAUUAAUCGCGACGAGUAGUAAAUAGGUAAAAAAAAAAAAGAAAAACAUGAGAGGGAAGAAGGAAAACGUAAAUCUUUCAUUUCAUUUGUCGAUCGCAAUUCCAAAAUAUUAAAAUGGCUUUGACAAAAGAAAUAAAUGACGAUUAUUACGUAAAAAAGAUGAACGUUUUUUUAAUUAUUACUAUUACUAUUACUAUUACUAUUAUUAUUAUUAUCAUUAUUAUUAUCAUUAUCAUUAUUAUUAUUAUUAUUAUUAUUAUUAUUAUUAUUAUUAUUAUUAUUAUUAUUAUUAUCAUCAUUAUUAUCAUUAUUAUUAUUAUUAAUAGUAAUAUUAUCAUCAUUAUUAUUAUAAUCAAAUUCUCGUGAGAAAAUUCGAUCCAAUUCUUCGUCUUCACUAUCGCAAUUUGUCGUCUCAUUUUCUCAGAUCGUUUGAUUACUAAAAUUAUCAAUAAUUAUUAUUUAAUAUUUGAUAUCGAUUAGAGUAGAUCUAUCGAACGAUGAUUAUAGCGGUACAUUUUGGUAUACUUGAUCGAGAUAAUUAUUAAUAAAAAAUAAUGAGAUAAAUCUCGAUGAUCGGUGAAAUUGAAAAUUUGAUUAAAACUAAUGUCUCUGACGAUAAAAAAAAAAUAGAAAGACAGAUAGAGGAAGAGAGAAAUUAAAAGGGGAGAUGUGAUUGAGGAUAUCAUGGGUGGGAAGAUGGGAAGAAGAAAAAUGAAAAAGAACGAAGAAAAAAGGCCAUUCUUUCUCUCGAUGUUAAACGACUCUCGACUUCUUCGACAAAAUGGCGGCAGGGAAACGUCGUACAAGAUAGAUAGGAAAGAGUGAAAGGAGAGAGAAAGAGAGAGCGAGAGCGAGAGCGAGAGAGCAAGAUAGAGUGAACGGUAGAAAGAGAAGAAACGCGUAUUCCUCGUUUUUGAUUAACGAUGGAACAUAAACGAUAAUAAAUAUAAAUCGUUCGAAAAAGAAAAAAAGGAUAGAUCGAAAGCGGAAACUAAAAAUAUUGUUGGUUUUUUUUUUUUUUUUUUUUUUUGAAAAUAAAAAAACGAGGAAAGAAACCCAAGAAAAAACGUUUUCGUGAUGAGAAGUUUUCUCUGGGGAGAGGGGAGGAGGUGAAAGAAGUGUGUACCUGCCGGUACCCCGUUUAUUCUUAGCAAUAUUAUAGAUUAUAUUAUAAAGAUCGCACGAUUUCUCUCACGCCGAAGUGAGAUUUUCGUCGGAGAUCGUAUCGGAAUUUCUUUUUUUAUUUCUUUUAUUUUCUGUUUUUUAAUAUAUUUUUUUUUUUUUUAAGAUGUUCACGAUGUCGUUCGUCUAAUCACAUCGUAUAUAUGUAUCUCGUCGUAUCGUUCUUCGUAUGAUUCUUUGUCGACUAUUAGAUUAAAUCGAGAAAGAAUGAGAAAGAGAGAGAGAGAGAGAAAGAGAGAGAAUGAGAAUGAGAGAGAGAAAGAAAAAGAAGACGUCGAAGUACAAAAAUCAAAAUGAUUUUUUUAGUUUUGGCAGAUUGAUCGAUAUAAUUAAAUACCGCCACGAUUAAAUCAUCAUCAAUGAAAAAAAAAAGAAAGAAUUUUUUACUCUUCUCAUGUAAUAUACGUCUCCUUUUGUUUUUUUUUCUUUCGUACGAUAGCAGCUACAACACUUCAUCACUAAUUUGAAUUAAAAAAGAGAAGAGAGAAAGAGAGAGUGUGUGUGUGUGUGUGAGAGAGAGAGAGAGAGAGGAUAAGAAUUUAAAAAAUGAACAAAUAUAUCGAUCUUGCCUGUGUAAUGUAUUAGGAAAAUCGAUGUUGUCACUAUAUUAUUAUUAUUUUAUAUUAUUAUUAUUAUUAUUAUCAUUAUUAUCAUCAUUAUUAUUAUUACUAUUACUAUUAUUAUUAAUAAUAAUAUUAUUAUAAUUAUUAUUACUAUUCUUAUAUUAUUAUUAUGAUUAUUAUAUUAUUAUUAUUAUUAUUAUUAUUAUUAUUAUUAUUAUUAUUAUUAUUAUUAUUAUUAUUAUUAUUAUUAUUGUGAUUCUCAUUGAAAAUAACUGCUGUGCAAUUGCGUAUAUACGAUUAAAGAAAAGAGAAACUAAAUUGAAAAAAUGGUUGAAGAAACAAAAUGGCGGCGUGCGUGCCUGUGUCGUGUAUAAUAAACGAUGAGUGAAUGUUCAUUUGUUUCUAAAUGCCUCGACGAGAUUUUUGCUCAAUUUAAUUAAACAAAUCUAUGAAGAGUACACAUUUCCUUUCGUUUGUUUCUCCUAGUGUUUGUAAGUGAACACUAAUCUAACCCAUACACUUCUACAUAUACAUGCAUACAUAUAGGCACAUACGAAACAAAAAUUGAAAAACGCCAUUAAAUCUGAUUAUUUUAAUUAUAUUAUAGUGAAAUUAUGAUGAUUUUUAUCAUAGUGAUGUUAUUGUAAAUGCGUUUUUCAAUAAUAAAAAAUUGUCAGUUGCAUGACAAAACACACGUACACAUACAAGUUCACACACUUUUUUGUUCUUUUUUCAUUUAAUUCAAUAAACGACGAAUUGGUUUGUUAUAAAAAUCUCUUUGUUCCCUUUCAUUGAUAAUAACGAUUUUUAAAUUUUGGUGUAUAUACAUAUACGUACGAGCACACACAUACACAUACAGGUAUAUACAUACAUACAUACACAGAUACAUAUAUAUACAUACAUAUAUACACACACAUGUAUCGUAUGGGUAUCACUUGUAUCGUUCACCAAUCGAUUCAUCGGAUAUCUCCAUGAGUUUUCUUUAGAAAAUAUGGAAUAGUAAUAAUGAUAAUAAUAAUAUUAUUCCAAUAAUUAUUAUAAUUAUAUAAUAAUAAUAAUAAUAUUAAUAAUAAUAAUAAUAAUAAUAAUAAUAACAAAACAUUGUAUCUCGUGAGAUUCGAGGACAAUUCUGUUCCCUAACAUGGAGAUAUGUAUGUAAAUCCUAAAAACGUUGAUAUAUAAGAGAGAGAUAAAUGAUAUAUGAAUGAGAGAUAGAGAGAGAAAGAGAAAAGCGUUUUAGGAAAGAGAAAGGUGUGAAAAAAAGGUACGAAAAUGAAUGAAAGCUAGUAAGAGAAAGAGUGAAAAAAUAAAUGCUAGAGAAAGAGAGAGAGAGAAAGAGAAUAAAUGUGAGAUGGAUGAAUGUGUUCUCGCGUGAUGAAAACGCGAGGAUGUUUGAAUGAAGAAAAAAGAAAUAAAAAAAAAAAGAAUAAAUGUUUAGAAAUCUUAGGUAUUAUUAUUAUUAUUGUAUAAUACGUGGUUUGUAAUUGUACAUAGGGAAGGAGAUUUAUUGGCAGCAAUUAAACGGUAUACAUAUAUAUGUAUAAAAAUGAUAAGAGUACUAAAAACAUAUAUGUUAAUGCGUACGCAUAGGGCAACACACAUACAUACACAUAUACAUAUACGAUCACACAUCGUAAUACGUACAUACACAUCUCUCUAUAUAUGUGAUAAGGUUUGUAACAAUUUAAUGAAAUGCUGGUAAAAAUGAAAGAAAGGGGUAGAAGAUAGAUAAAAAACAAAACAAAAAAAAAAUUUAUUAAAAAAAAAAAAGAACAAAGAAAAGAAACACACAUACAUGUACACGAAGCGACGAUGACGAGGACGACGACGAUGAUGUAUUUACCUACUAGAUCUCAGCAUAACUUUUAGAAGGUUUAAAGGCGUAUAUAAUUCGUAAGUAACACCAAAAUCACUCUGCUGUAUCAAAAAAUAAUUUUUUAUAUAAGUUCCCACACGGACGCACAUCAUCUUCAAACGGCACAUGAAUUUAGUAGAAACGUACCGCGACUAACAAUAGAAGAGGAUGGCUAAAGAUUAGAGAGCGAGAGAGAGAGAGAGAGAGAGAGAGAGCGAGAGAGAGAGAGAGAGAGAGAGAGAGAGAGAGAGAGAAAGAAAAGGGAAAUAAAUAAAAUGAAAAGAAAUGAAAUGAAAUGAAAUGAAAUGAAUUGAAAUGAAAUCCAAGGAGCAUUGAACUGGUUGUACAUAAAUAAUAAUGAAGAAUGAUUAAUAAAUGGCGAAAAUAAAGAGAUACUUGAUGUUGUUAAGUAA